CCGAGAGGCCACGACGCAUGCGCAGUACGGCGUCCUUCGCGGCGUCCUCUAAGCAGCGGCGGCCGGCGCCCGCCUCUGCGCGUGCGCCCGGUAGCUGUGGCGGGGCCCUUGUAGCGGCGCGGUGAUGGCGGGGGUGCUGAGGAAGACCACCGGACUUGUGGGGUUGGCUGUGACUGAAAACCCUCAUGAGCACCUGCGAAUACUGUACACAAAAAUCCUUGGUGUCCUGCAAAACAUUCCCAAAGAAGCAGCAUAUAGGAAAUACACUGAGCAGAUUGUAAAUCAGCGAUUUAAUUUGGUGCAAACGGAGACUGAUGUGCAAAAACUACAAGACAAACUGAAUAGUGGCCACAUAGAAGAAGUCAUUUUACAGGCUGAAAGUGAGCUUUCCCUGGCAAGAAAAAUGAUACAGUGGAAACCAUGGGAGCCUCUAGUUGAAGAACCCCCUUCUGACCAGUGGAGAUGGCCAAUAUAACUUUCAAAAUGGUGUAACCUCUUGAAAUGACAAAUAUAAAAAAAAGUUAAUUAUUAAUCUAUUGUUACUGACAGUUGUCUUUAAAUUAAAGAUAAUAACUUCAUAAAAGCA